CGCCGAGGUCGGUUUGGAGCAGGCGGGGGUGCGGGGAUGCGGGUCCCGAGGGAGCAGGGUAGACUGGCUUGUGGGACGGGGGCGAGGUGUGAGCCGUGGGUAAGGAGACACUGGGCCCAGGGGAGGGGCUCCUCCAGAGCCGGAAGGGGCGGGAUAGGCACGCCGGCCAGGCGGGGACCAGAGCCUGCAGGCCGGGCCCAAGCCACCGCCCUCGAGUGGAGCUCCUGGGCGUAGCCCGACGCGCUCCAGGCGCCGCACAGCUCCCCUCUUGGCCUCCCAGGCCUCAGUCUUCCUUCGGGGCUGCUGCUGCCGCUCAGGGAGCAGAGACUUGCUCUGGCAGGAUACGGCCCCGCCCAUGGGCAGCGCUGCCCUGUGUCCCCGAUCCCAGCGAGCGGGAAGAGAAGCCUAGAAAAUGAACUGCUCUUCAGAAAACAACGCGCACUUUGAGGGUGGUAACGCCAGACCCUUUUUUUAUGUGCAUGCUGUGGGCCAGCAGCCUUACCCGAGUCCCUGGUACCAGAAUCCCACCUAUAAUCCAUUCUCUGUUCCUGGGGCAGGUUUCAGAAAUGGAAGUCUGUAUUUUCCAUAUUCAGUGGUACUCAGUGAGUCUCCUGGCUUCCUCAUCCCUCAGUCCCCGUUGCCCACUGCGCUUAACCGAAGACCUGUGUUCUGUAACACAGCACAGUUCCGUCAGUGUAGUGGCUAUGGAAAGAAAACGAAGACGAAAGAGACUCAGACUGAACCUCAUCAGGCUGAAAACAGGACUCAGAAACAAGACACCCACUCAGAAGGUGGUAUGGUGACCAGUAUCCCGACUUCUAAUAUUGACACAGAAACUGACAACAUUCCUGAACCAACAGAUGGGUUUUUUUCAUCUGUAGCCCAGAAGCAGCAGCUACAUGGUGAGAGCCCUUCUCCUGACACUGUGUAUAGAACAUCACCUCAAGUAAACUAUGCAUCUGGGAAAGGGGAAAUGAGGCUAGAACAGAGCAGAGGAUCCCCUGUAACACAGUUCUGGGAGACUUUGAAGGAAACUGUCCGUUUGUAUGACCUAGCUUAUGGUAAAGCCAUGCCAGACAUCAUGGUGCAGCAUGGUGGGAUGUCACAGAGUUCUCAUGAGAGUACAAGUGUGCUUCGUAACCGUCACGAGGGUGCAGAUGGCAUUACGAGUAACGAUGAAGAAAGCACUAUCUGGUCGGAGCCGUGUCAUGAUGUAAGAUGUGAUGAGGUGGUAAAGUUGGGCUCCAUCAUGGACAUGAACUUGGGUAAAGAAAAAGGCUAUGCAGCUGUUCCCCAAUUCCUGUCCUCUCCAGAUGAAGCGAAAGACAAAGAUAAAGUCCAGGAUACCCUGAUCUCCAAUCUGUGCCAGUCUUCUGGAGAUGGCAAUAAGCUCCAGCAGGAAAGGCCAGUCUGUUCCAGCAAUAAAGCCGUUGAGGACCUGAGCCUAGAGUCCAAAUCCCGGAGUCCCAUUAGCUUUGGGGAAAGCAUGCCAGACAAUGGUAGUGGGGGCCGUGGCUUCCCUGUGAAAGUGGACGAAGGUGAAGUGGUAGAGAGCAACAGCUACGCCGAGAAUUAUGUCCUUCCCCCUACCUCCCUGGCCCAGUUCAGCCAGGUCACUGAAGGCAUUCAAUGUGAUAUGAGCCAUUGGCAGGAUGCAGAGCACGGGAAAUCCCCUGAGUCCUCACCAGAAAGCAGAAAGCCAACAGAAGAAGAGGCAGUCAGGUGUGGGGAACUGGAUGAGGUGGUAGAGAGGGACAGCUAUUCAAAGUAUGUUCCUCGCCCUGCCUGGUUGGCCCAGAUGAACAGCAGGGGGGUGGAUGAAGGGAUUCAGUGUGAUAGGAGCUGGUGGCAGCAUACAGAGCUGGAGAAAUCCCCUGAGCAAAUGCCUUGCAAAGAUGAAGAAUCAUCACCAGACUGCAAAACUAAGGGAUCAUGGAAGACCAUCACGAAUGGGAAGUUGGAAACAGAUGAAGAAGAAAUGACCGUGAAUGAUGAGAUUGAGGAGGAUCAUGAGAACUUCAAAAAGUGUGCAAAGAUUAAAAAAACUGUGAAAGGCAGGAAGCAGAAAUCCCUGAGCAACUUCUCAAGUGGGAACACAGUCUACUUAUUGAAGAAAAAUGCUGCCUUGAACACUGUACUUCCCAAGGAUUCAGAAGACUGUGAGUUGGAAGAGGAAGCUGAAGAUGAAAUGUAUGAGACAGAAUGCCUCUUUGAAGAAGUUAGUCCACUGGGCCCUGUGACAUCUUCCAAAGGAAGGAUUUAUCGUGAGGCUGGCAGGAUCAUCAGGCUGCCACCUGAGUGCUCUCUGCCUCCCCAACUUAUUGUGUGGCCCACCAGAAAUAAGUACAGGUUAAAGCUUGAAGAAUACGAGAGCAUCCCCAUGGUAUGCGCAGUGACAGGACAGAAUGGCAGGUUCCGAGGGGAGGGACUGGAGUCCAAGAGAGCCUCUCACAAGGCCUGGGAAUGAAACAAAUUGCUGUGUUCCAGCUACAUAGAAGAGCUAAAAAUAGUACAUCGUCAUGGUGGCUUAGAACACAGGAUCAUCCCUUGAUUUGAACUAAGAAAGCGAUUAUACCAACAAAAAGAAAAUGUGACAUUGUAAAGCCUUUGGAAUUAAAAGAACUAAAACAGCAAAUAAAUUGAAUUGCAUAAGUGUGUGAUUCUCAAGCAUUUUCUUCCCCUCUCAAAAUGGCCACAUCAC